AUGUCUGGCAUAUCCUCCUUCUUUCCCUCCCGACGAGCAAACCCAUUGAUGAAUACCUUGAAUGCCACCCAAGACCGUGACCGCCCCGACCUCCUCGACGAGCUGCGUUUCUCACUCGAAGUCAUGCCCGGCUCGAGGAAAUACGUCUUCACUCCCGCUGCCAGAGCCGAGAUCCUCAAGAAACUGUACAUGCCUUUCAUGGCAUCGUGCCCUCAGCUGUUCCUUCCAAGUGGGGUGACGCAAGUCCCCCAACACGCUCUGUUGAGUGAGUACCAAGCGUCGGUCGGCUUCUCUGCGGCGGGACGAGACGAUCCCGUUGUCCCUGGCCGACCAUGUUCGCAUAUAUUCAAGAAAGGGGAGAGUUGUUAUCGGUGCAAAGACUGUGCACUAGACGACAGCUGCGUAGUCUGCUCGCGAUGUUUUCGUGCGACGGAUCAUACAGGACACAACGUCAGCUUCUUCAUCGCCAUGCAGUCCGGCGGGUGCUGUGACUGCGGCGACGAGGAAGCAUGGCGAAGACCCAUUGGAUGUCCUUAUCACCCACUGCUGGGUUCACCUUCACCCAUGGUCACACCUACCGGCCUACUCCCAAAUGACGUCCCCCCCGUACAGGGCUAUCCAUACCGCGUACACGUUCCUACGGAUUUACACGACAUGAUGCGCAAAACCGUCGCGUUUGCGCUUGAUUUCUUGUUGGAUACACUAGACUACUCCCCCGAAGACCCGUCCGUCCCCGCCAACGAGGCCGAUCUCCGCCUUCAGCCCUCUGCCGACCCGAUGAUGAAAGACCAAUACUGCGUGAUACUAUGGAACGACGAGAAACACUCGUUUGAAGAGGUCAUCAAGCUUCUCUGCGACAUGACGAAUCGAAGUCGAGAAGACGCUACGCAGGUGACGCAAAGGAUCGACGAGAACGGGAGGGAGAUAAUCGACAUGAACACGAAUGUUACCCGCCUGCUAGAGAUGGCGCAGGCUAUCACGCAGAUCGAUCUGGGUGUGACGAUUAGGCGAGCGUAUGAUACGUUUUGCGAACAAGUGGCGGUGGUGAUCAUUGAGUGGCUUUUGGACCUUAGUCGAGCACGUUUGGCUACGGACACGCUUGUGAUAAGGGAGAUUCUGGCGGCGGAGUUGUUGUCCCCCAGACGGAAAAAGGAGAAAAACAUGAGCCCGUCGUCUGCGAUUACGCUUCCGGAGAUCGCGAACCCUACGAGGAUCGAGACGCUUUUCUUGUAUCAUACGCGGUUGUGGAAGAAGCCAAGGCUGAGCUUGAAAGAGAUAUAUGCAUCGUUGAUAUCUCUUAGUCGUACUCACAAGCUCACAAUUGCGGGUCGCUUCGCAAACGUCUACCACCGCGUCCUAGACACCUACCUCCUCGUAGACCGCGAUGCAGAAACCUCCAUCAAAUACUUUGCCCUCCAACUCUUCACCGUCCCCUCCGUCUCCGCCCACCUCGUCAAAAACCACAAACUCGUCUCCCGCCUCCUCUCCAUCCUCCACUCCUUCUUCACGAACCAGAUCUCCGACAAACACGUCCUCCACCCCUCCUCCUCUUCUUCCUCCCAACUCGACCCAGACAGCUUCCCAUUCAAAUCGAAGCGAUUCAUGCCGGUGUUUAGUGAUUUGCGGUAUUUAAUCCACACGGACCCGGUGCAGGCGCUGAUAUGUCGCGAUACGGAGUAUAUAGUCGGCUUCGCGAGGACGUGUCAGCUGUUCAUGUGUGUGAACCCCAACAAAAGGGCGGCGACGAACCAUGUGGAGUACGAGACCGAUGCAUGGGUUAGCGUCUUCAACGUCACCUUGUCCCUAUCAAGAGUCAUCAAAGUCUACGGGGAGGCCUAUCGGAAGGCGUCUGCGGCAGAGUUGGUGUUCGCCAUUACGACGGUCGUGCACCACAUCUUGAUGGUAUGCACUUUGGCGGAGGAUAGAUUGGAUAGGGCAAAGUUCAACCCGAUCACUUUCCAUCAGGUCGCGUUUGGGGAUACGCAGUACCAUGUUGUGGAGUUUGAUGUGUUGGAGGGGUGGGUGAGCUUUCAUCAUUCGCUGCAUUGGCUCCUUGCGGACUUGUUCAAGCAUGUGGAUUUGCUCACGGAGGAGGCUUUGAGGCCGGCGGGGUUUUAUAGUUUGAGAGAGGUGAUGAUGUUUAAUGUUAGUGAACAGGCUAUUCUUACUCUGAUUGACUUUCCACUUCGAGUUUUGGCUAUGAUAGCUCAGAUCCGCACAGGUCUCUGGGUUCGAAACGGGUUCGCGAUUCGAGGGCAGGUACUGCACUAUCGUGAUUACAUGCUUCGAGAGCUCUGCUACGACCAGGACCUGUACAUUCUACAAACGGCACUGGUCGUCUUGGAUCCCAAUACCGUCUUUGUCUCCAUCCUUGAUCGGUUUGGACUCCUGGGGUACUUCUCGGGCGCCUUCCUGCAUUCGACGUACGAGGGCACACAGCUGUCAAGUAUGGUCGAGGAGGUGUUCAACGUCCUCAUCACUAUCCUCAGCGAAAACGCGAACGCCUCACGGAUGCCUGUCCACCUAACUGUGAGGCGGGAGAUCAUCCAUGCGUUGGCCAUGGGCCCCUGUACCUUUUCUGACCUCGUCAAGCGGGUUGCGGAGCGUUUGGCGGACGAUGUGUGUUUCGAUAGGAUGUUGAACGAGGUUGCGAACUUCAAGCAGCCGGAGACAGCCACUGAUGCGGGGUUGUAUGAGUUGAAAGAAGAGAUGUAUGAUGAGGUCAACCCGUUCUUCUAUCACUAUACGCGGAAUAAGCGGGAAGAGGUGGAGAAUAUUCUACGGAAUAGGUUGAAGAAGAAGACGGGCGUCGCUGAGCCCGUGAUCGUGCCUAAACCAUUUGGUGUGACGUUUGGCCCGUUUGCGAUAAUACCGUCAUCGUUCGAGUCGGAGGCGUUGCUCCAGGUUAUGUUCUAUUCCCUGUACAAUAUCCUGGUCCUGACAGAGUCGGCUGGGUCUGCGCCCCCUUCGGCUGAAGCGAUCCUUGAUCAGACGCUUCAUCUCGUUAUGCUCGCCAUCGUGGAACGGCCGGAUAUUUUCAGCCAUCUUGCGGCUUCCAAGACGUUUGAGGAAGAGAAGUGCCUGGUGAACAUUAUUUGUUCGUUUGAACAUCACGAUAAGUACAAGAUGUACAAACCUAGGGUUCAGUGGAUCCUUGGACAGCUGGAGGGACGCGUAUCGGAUGAAGUGAGGUGUCAUAGGAAGGUUGUGGACGUUUCGCAGCCGCCUGCUGCUGACCCGGAGGAUAUGAAGAAGCGGGCUGCGAAGGCUAGACAGGAAGCCAUCAUGCAGCAGAUGAAAGCUCAACAAGCGAGCUUUGCCAUCAACUUUGACGAUGCUGAUGAAGACGACGAUGAGAACAUGGAGGAGGCAAGCGAGGAGCAGGUGUCGUAUGGGACGUGUAUUGUCUGUCAGGAGGACUUGAACUCUACCAAACUGUUUGGUGCGCUGGGUAUCAUUCAGCCUAGCAGGUUCAUACGCAGGCAUCCGGAUAGCCAUAACUCGUACCUCAAUGAGGUUCUGCAGUCCGUUCCUUCCAUGGAUCGUACGACUCCGUCGUCGAACUUGACGACGUUUCCCCCACCACAAGCUGCAGCUCUUGAUGCUAAAGCCAUGUCUUCCCCCAAUUUCGAUGGGUUUCCUGCUCAGUACACGCGAUUUGGGCUUCACGCGUCCGUAUGUAGCCACAUGAUGCAUCUGGAGUGUUUCCAGGUAUAUAGCAUCUCCAUCCGUCAACGACAUCGCGCCCAGGCAACAAGAAACCACCCUGAAAGCAUUCCUCGGAAGGAGUAUAUCUGUCCACUAUGUAAAAGCCUUGGGAACGUCAUUCUUCCCGUGACAGACCCCUCUCCGACGACGCUGAAUAGUAUUCCGUUCUCAGACUGGAUACGUGCAGCUGGGAUCACCAUUCUCAGAUCUAAACCGGACCCGCAGCUAGAGUCGUUACAGUUCAGGAACGGCACUGGAGAGUUUGUAUUUUGGAGCGCCCAGGAUCCAGGGUACGCUGGGUUGGUUAGGGGAGGGGAGGGGAUGGAAGGCGCGAAGAUGCUCGAUACCGUUAUGGUCGUGUCAAAAUCACUCUCUCAGCAAACGAGACAUCUUCGGGAACGACCGGAGCCUGAGGUAGGAGAAAGGGGUGCGGGGAUAUACUUGCCUGAGGAGCUUCUUGGGUAUACGAUAUCCACCAUUGAGACGGCCCAGAGGGGGAUGGACGCUCCAAGUGGGCUUAUGGUUGAUAAUCUCACAGAGGCGCAGAUGCGCAUGGUCAGAGGGCUGCUUUCCUGUUUGACGAGACUGGUUGGGCAGCAGUUCAAAGGGAGGCCUGAUGAGGGACGUGAGGCUGUCCGGCAGGCUGUUAUCAAACGUCUGCUUCCAGAGUGGAGCCGGACUUCCUUGACUUCGUUUUCGUACCCCUUGCUUCUUAGGGAUCCUUUCACGGUGUUGGUGGAAACUGCGGCAGUUGCGCCAGAUAUGCUCAGACACGUUCUCGUCCUGACAUAUUAUGCGUGCCUUGCUCGAACUGUUAUCGGGUUGGUAUACGUGCUCAACAAGACACGCAGCUUCACCACCGUUCAAAUAUCCCGCCGGGCACAUGAAGACGUCUUUGGCGAUGUGCGCAUGUUCUUCAUGUCCGUCGUCCGCCAUUCCCCCGUCUUUGAACACACUGCGACUUUAGCAUUCGAGACGUUUGGGGAAGCUAGGAUUGAGAAGUUGCUUUACGCAUUUACGCUCCCAUUCCUGCGCAGGGCCGCCAUUCUCUGUCGGUCUAUCUUGCCUUCAGCUUUUCCCACUCCGAACUUUGGUUCACCUGCACCGUGCGAAUACAAUCGCCUUCUAACCAUGCUUGGUAUUCCCCCACUAUCCGACCUUCCAAAUCAAGAUACGCUCCAGAACGCACUCUCCGGUUGGUGUGCACACUAUGGGCACUCCCAUGCUGCGUCCCAGUUGAAUUGCGGUGUUGCGCUGGACUAUCCAGCUGUAUAUCGACUUGCCCGUCUUCCACUUAUUCUCGACAGCCUUUUCGUUCAACAAGACAAGGGCUUGACUUGUAACAGAUGCAACACCCAGCCCACUGAUGCUGCUAUCUGCCUUAUUUGCGGAACGGUGUGCUGUUUGCAGAGUAAUUGCUGCAUUGACAUGGAUUAUAGCGAGCGUGGGGAAUGUAACAUGCAUACUCGAGAAUGUGGUGGUAUCGUUGGCAUUUACUAUCUCGUCAAACGGUGCAUGAUACUAUAUCUCAACGCGGGCAACGGCAGCUUCACAUCAUCGCCUUACCUCGACGCACAUGGAGAAGCAGAUCUAUCGAUGAGGCGCGGACGACGCCAAUACCUCCAUCACGCCCGAUGGGAGGAGAUCCGCAAGAUCUGGCUAAACCAUGGGAUCCCCACCCUCGUUGCUAGAAAACUCGAGGGCUCUUUAGAUACAGGCGGCUGGGAGUCGUUAUAG